AUGGCUUAUCAAGGUGGAAACUUGAAGUCGACCACCAUAAAUGGAGUGAAAGUGUACACCGUCACCGCUAGCCGCUCGAAUGCUCCAUGGCUUGCCCCUAAGAAGCUCAGAGCACUACGGAAAAAUCCAGAUUAUUUGCAAAGGAUGGAAUUCAUACAGGACUUGAAGUUUGAGACUGCGACUUCUAGAAUUAGGUUCACUCCUGAUGGGGAGUAUCUUAUCGCUUCGGGUAUUUACCCUCCCCAAGUCAAGGUGUAUGAGCUUAGGGAAUUGUCAUUGAAGUUUGAAAGACAUUUAAUUUCUGAAAUCAUUGACUUCCAGGUACUAGAUGACGACUAUUCAAAGAUUGCAUUUUUAUGCGCUGAUCGUUCUAUUUGUCUUCAUGCAAAAUAUGGGAGUCACUACAGCUUGAGAAUCCCCAGGAUGGGAAGAGAUUUAUUAUAUGACAACUGGUCUUGUGAUUUAAUUUGUGCUGCUUCCUCUCCAGAUCUGUACAGAAUUAAUUUAGAACAGGGACGUUUCAUGUCCUCACUCAGCACUCAGUCACCAGCUUUGAAUGUUGUGUCUCAAAGCAAAGUCCAUGGAUUAGUUGCUAGUGGUGGUGAGGAUGGAGCUGUGGAAUGCUUUGAUAUGAGGACAAGGUCUUCUGUUGGUCGAGUAGAUGCUUCUGCAUCUGCUGGUGAAAUUGAUGGGGAGGUUACGGCAAUUGAGUUCGAUGAUGAUGGAGGUUAUCUCAUGGCUGUUGGAAGCAGUGGUGGGAAGGUUUUAAUAUAUGAUAUGCGUUCAUCUAAUCCAAUGCGAGUAAAGGAUCAUAUGUAUGGAAGCCCUAUUCUGAAUAUCAAGUGGCAUAAAACUCUCAACUCACAGGAAUCGAAAUUAAUCACUGCUGAUGAGCACAUUGUCAGGAUAUGGGACCCUGAGACGGGAGAAGGUAUGACCAGCAUUGAACCGAAUGCCGGUAAAAUUAAUGAUAUGUGUGUCUAUAAAGAAAGUGGCUUGAUUUUGCUGGCUUUGGACAGCAGCCAUAUACCUUGUUACUUCAUACCAGCCCUCGGGCCUGCUCCCAAAUGGCUGUCAUAUUUGGAGACUUUAACGGAAGAGCUUGAGGAGGGUGGUGAAAUAACUAUUUGUGAUGAUUAUAAAUUCUUGACGAAAGAGCAACUUGCCCAACUGAACUUGACUAAUUUGAUUGGAACCAAUCUUCUGUAUGCCUCCAUGCAUGGUUACUACAUUGAUUACAAGCUGUAUAGGAAGGCAAAAAGUUUGGCGGAGCCUUUUGCUUAUGAGUCUUAUAUAGAAAAGCGAAAGCAGGAGAAAAAAGAAGCUGAGCGUUCCACAAGAAUUACGAUCAAGAGGAAGCUCCCCAAAGUUAAUCGAACUCUGGCAGCCAAAAUCCUCGAAGAAGAGGAAGAACAGAAUAACAAGGAGACUGAUGGAGCUGUUGCUAAGAAAACAUCAAAGAAAAAGAAAGGUCUUACCAGUGAAGUCCUCAAAGACGAGAGGUUUACAUCUAUGUUCGAAAACAAGGACUUUGAGGUUGAUGAGUUCUCGAAAGAGUACAUUGCCCUUCAUCCUAUGGCAUCAACAGCUACACCAAGGAAGCCAACAUCUUUGCUGGACGAGCAUUUUGAAAGCAUUGAUGCAGAGGAUCAAAGCAUUGACGGUUCUGAUGGAUCAUCCCCAUCCGAAGAUGAACUCGACAAUAAUACCAAUCCCAAAUCUGGGAAAAAGUCGCAAGUUCCAAGAUUAUAUGAAGUGAAGGAUGAACGGCAUGCAGACGCAUUCUGGAAAAACAAGUCGCUCGCGUAUGAGGAGUCCCUUUCUCUGGGAGAGAGGGUGGCUCUGACGAAACCGGAAGGCUCCAAGGGUUUGGUCAAACAUGGUCAAGGAGGGUCCCGAGAAAUCUCCUUCAAUCCCAGGAGCUCGGCUAAAUACAGAGAGUAUGAUGAGGAUAAGGACGACGAGGGGCCCACGCGUCCCGGGAAGAGGAGGGGUGUGGAGUCACUGAAGCUACCCGGGAUGAGAGGCCGUGGCAGAGGGAGAGGGGGCUUCCGCGGGAGAAGAGGGCGUCGGUGA